UAGCCGUGUGACAGUAGGUAAUGCAAUUAUAAGAAUUUUUUUUCCCAUUUUGAUCUUAAAAUACAAUGCAAUGGGGCAAAUGUGUAAUGACAGCACAAUGACAGUUACAGGCACAAGCCUUUGUAAGAAUGCAACCAAUGGUAACAUUCGUAAUUUGACUUGCCAAAGGAGGAGACAACACCAAAUUAAGAAUUACAUGUAUUGGUAUUUAUUAUCAGACUUUUCUGCAAUAGUAUAAGCAAGUAAAUAUAUUGGCAACACAAAGCUUAGGAAUGAGAGGAAGCAAAACAAUGACAUUUCCUGUAUUAACUGAGGAAGGCCCCCCCCCCCCGGGAACAGAAUAAAAACAAUAACGAUGGGGGAAAGAAAACAGGAAAGAAGGCAGAGAAAGAUAAAGAUCCCAAGAAAGGGUAGACACAGACUUAAAAGUAGUUUGGAAGAACAAGAAAUGAGUAAAGGAGCUGCCCUAUUAGUUUUUCUUUGCAUCUUCCCCUUGUUUCUCUGCGAGACUGGGGUAGAAAAGAUAGGGGAGCAGUCGACAGUGGACAGAGAGAACAAGGAAACUGCAUUGGGAGGCUUUCAUCAAGGAGAGAAGGUAGCCGAGGAGAUGCCCAUCACAGAGAAAGGGCAGGGUCCAGGCCCAACUGAGGCAGCACUGGCCACCACUCCCCUUGAAGAUACCUUCUCCUACAUCAUGUCCAGGCUAGCAGAUAUGGAUUCUGCGAUCCACAGGCUGAAUGUGUUUCAGUACAACCUGGAUGUGAAGCUGUCCCAGCUGUCUGACAAGGUCAUUCGCAUGGAUGCUAAGGUGGGCAAAAUUCAGGAUGAGACAGAGAGCAUCUCCCGCAUCAACAAGGAGAACCACAGAGAGAUUGGUCGAUUGGAAGGUUGUCUAAAAGGCCAUCGUGUGGUGCGAAAGUGUUUUCUGGUCUAUCGUUUUUAUGAGACCUAUGCAGGCGCAGUCGAGUGGUGUCGCGAGCGAGGUGGGCGGAUAGCUAUGCCAAAGGACAAGAGGGAGUUAGCAGCCCUGGCCAAACACGCAAGAGAGUUUUUCCACCCCGGUAACUGGCCUCUCUGGAUCGGUGUCUCAGACCGCCGCUCUGAAGGGCUCUACCUCUUUGAAGACGGGAUCAGAGUCACCUUCUUCCAGUGGAACAAGCAACUUCUGUCCAGCCAGCCCGAUGGAGGUAAGAGGGAGAACUGUGUGACGCUGACCUCCGAUGAUGGGGACUGGUGGGAUACUGACUGUGAGAGACGCACGUACUUCGCUUGCGAGUUUGAUGGCUGAUCUGUCUGCAACCUCCCAACUGGAUUUGCUGACACCAGGGUAUAAGGGAUCAGUCAACACAAAUCUUAAUUCAUUAUAUUCAGAAAGUAUUACUUUAAAUUUGCUAUUCAAACUGGAUUACAAAUGAGUAUACAAAUGAACUUCGUGAAUGUUUAAAUAAAUGAACUUAUCUGUAACCUUUUACCUGAUGAAAAAACAUGCAUUAUUAAUACAAACAAAUCAUCAUUGACUGCAAAAAAUAAAAGCAGACAUUAAUGCAUUUUUUUUCCUGCAAAAUACUUUGCUUUUAUUAAAAAUGGAUCAAUAAAUAAAUGCUAAACUCUCAAAGACUGCAAAAAGAAUGUAUUAUGAAUGUGAAACAGGAUUGAUCUUUGAUGUGGGCUAGUUUUUCCUUCCCAUCAUUUUGUCUUCUUUAAAAAUGACUUCUGAGAGUUUAUGAUGCAUAUUAUAAAUCAUAUGUAUGUUAAUGGUUUCUCUUCCUGGUAUAAUAAAGAACUGAACUAAAACUUGGCAGUGUCUCACAGUUUCUGAUUUGGGUCACACUCACUGUUAAUCAGCCUACUGUUUGAAAAGGACAGAUGGAAGCUUAAAGGGUACAUAAAGACCUUUUUAUUUUAUUGUGU